CCGCGCGCUCCGCCCGCACCAUGUCGGUGCGCGUAGACCAUCGCGACCGAGACAGGUUCUCGAGGCAUUCUUCCCGAGCUUCCGUCGAUCUUGCUUUUCCAAGCAGCUCUACACGAGAUCACUCUUUCCGCUCGGUGCAUUCGGCCCGCGUGCCGCGAGCAGCUAGCGAUGACUUGAUGGUGCCUGUGCGCACGCUACGGUCGGCUUCAUGUCGCGUGGCUCCCGGUGCGCCGCAUCGCCUACGCCGCCACCACUCGUCGGCAGCAGAAUGCGAGCGCGCGCGCCGCUCUCGCAGACACACACUCGAGCUUCCCAACAGCCGCGGUCCGAGCGUUCGCAGCCGGUCUCCAGAGCCACCGCCGCCACCGCCAGAGCCCGAAAUCCCGCCAGAAGAUGCCAGCAAGGAAGCUCGUCGGCGGCGCGUCGUGGCGGCCGUGGCAGCAUCGUUCUUCGCGCUGGCGCUGGCGUCAGUCCUGGUGGUGGUGGUGACGCUGACUCACAGCUCUGGGCAUCGCGCACACAACCAAACGGCCAAUUCGCCAGGAGAACGAGCGCAUGAUACACGACGUCCUCCAGGCGGGAGUCUUAAAUCGCACCCAGUCGUCGGCGUUGCGCUGACGCCGCGCUACUCGCCGCGGCCACGCCUCGACAACGUGCGGCCGGCCGCCGCGCCGCCGGAGGAGCCGGCCGAGCCGGACCCGGAGCCGUCGAGCACGGCGGAGCCGCCCGAGCCGGCCGCCCUCCGCCAGCCGGUGAGCGCAGCGACCGCGGGCCCCACGUGAGCCUCUAUCGCGCCUGCGUCACGCCGCUCGCGCCCGCGCCACCUCGCACUGACUGCCGACAGGCGCACCCGCAGCUGUGACGCUCCGGUAUGUGAACUGAGAGAAUAAACAUAGACAUAGAUAAGUUACUCGUUCGCGAAUUGAAUUGAGAGUGACGAAAAGGACGUGUAGGUAGCCAAUGUGAAAUUGUGAACAAAUAGAAAAGAAUGAAAAUGUUAUUGUUGAAUCGUAUCGGAUAGGAUGUAAAAGACAGAAAGUCAAUAAUCCACGAUAGUUAUUAAAUAUGCAAUUGUCUUAUAUGUUAAGACUACAUUAUAUGGAAAUAGAGGAAGAAAUAUAAUUUGCAAUUUUGACUUCACCUGUAUUUCGCACAUCGAUGUUGAAUAAAUUAUAAAUCUAAGAUAUUCGUAAUGAAUAUGUGUCUCAGAGAGCUGUGAAAGAGGCUGCGGUUAGAAUGUUGGAUGUUUGUAGAUUUGAUAGCAUAUUAACUGUGUAAUGCGACACAUAAUGAUAAAAGUACCAACAUCAAACGGGAACAAUCAUCAAUACAAUAAGGUCAAGUUAGAUUUCUUUCUUUAUUUGAAUCAAAUUAUAAAUUAAUGUUAAUAUUUGGUGGUGUGGAAAUAGUGCCAUUAUAUGCACAAUGAAGUAAUAUAAAACCCGCAUGUAUAGAUAACUCCUCUAGCUGUGAAACCUGUCAAUGAAUGUAAUAGGCACCUUUAUCGACGUACUUAUUAAUUAAAAGCCUAUAAUUUACUCAAUGAGCACAGAUUAGUGUUAUUUUAUUGGUCACAACACAAUACACUGUUUCUAUAUUCUUACUGUUUACCAUACGACUUUGUAUAUCACUAAGUGAAUCUUAACUGAACUUGAGCACAAUAAUUUUGAGUUACUACUAUUAUACUGAAGUCCUGAUGUUCAACUCUAAUCGAGAGCUUUUGAAACUGCGCUUAAAAUAAUGAUAUAAAAAUCUGUUAAAAAAUAAGAGCUUUUUGUAUAGUAGUUGUUGUAGUAUAAUUCUUACGACGAGAACAUUCUUGUAAGUCAAAAUAGAGAUGCAAAUUCAGUGUCGUUCGCCCCGAUGGGUCUGUCAUGUUUAAGAAUUGACUUCGAUGCGGUGAUGUGAGCAGUUAGGUAGAAUGUAUUAUUAAAUAUGUUAGCGUUCUCCGGCUCGGCCCUGUGUUCGCUUGCACACUGAGCACGGCUUCACGCUUCAGCCUGUAUAGCCCCCGCCACGAUUUAGCAGCAAUUGUAAGUGUUAACGGCCUGUAUAUACGGGCGGAGCGCGCAACAUGUAAUGUAACACCAUCGCCUUUAUUACAUUAUGGAUGGCUCCACCUCCCAGUAAUGACGUACGACGUAAAUUAAAUUAAUUUCCGCGAAACAAUUCAAUUAAUUUCGCGUAAUAAUGCAAAUUGUAUAUAACUUUGCUUAUUAUUUUCAAACUUCUAUAUGUAUUUAAAUGGGAUGGAAAUACAGACGAGCUUCAAUAAUGGUUUGUUGGGCUUUUGACUAAUUACAAAGUUAUCGCUUGACGCCUUCCCGAUCCCCGUUUUACAGGCUAAAGGGUGAAGCGAGCCGUAGCUGCCUACUUAGUGUUUUCCUUCUACCAACAGAAAGGUUUAAAUAAGGCUAUUUACCCAACUAAAAAUAACUUGGUAUAAAAUAAUCUACAGAGCUUAAAGGCUCUCAUAUAUUUACAUAUACCUAUUAUGUAUACAUACAUAUAUUUCAGUAUUCUAUUAAGAUCCUCAAGGGAUUUUGUAAAUACUAAAUAGUUUGGAACAGUUUUCUGUUCACAUUGACAUGUUAAUUAAUAGAUGGUAUAAUAAAAAUAUGCAUAGGUAUCUGUGACAAAACAUAGCUGCAAUCCCCAGCUUCGUUGAAAACGUCAACCAAAUUACAAAGGCAACUUGAUAAUUUUCUCACACUUAUAUUGAUUACACAGCCCUAUGGAUCAAUGUAAAGUCCCUCUGAGAUCCGUCCAGUAGCUUUUCUGCGCCUUUGGAAUUACAUCUAAAAUUGUGGAAAUUAUUCCGAACUAGAAUUGAUAUAAAAAGGCGCGAACACUUUAUCCUAAAAAGCUUUUCAGUUACGUCUUAAGUAGCUUGUUAUUAAUUUCGAAUAAGCUAAUCCAUAAACAAUUUACAUAACAUUACACAAGAAUUUGCAAAAUUCCGGACUGUAAAUAACAAUUUAGAUAUCAAUUUAGCUGUUGGAGAUACGGAUAACGGUUAUUUUAUUAACAUCCCCUACGCGGAGCUGGGGCGGCCUGCAAGCGAACAUAAUCCGGAUUUAUAUACUACAACUAUCUGCGAUAUUGAACAUGAUUUUAAUCUUAAACUAUUUCGGCCCGGGUCGAAUCUAAUUUAUUAUCCAAUAAUAAUUAAACUUCCACUCUGUGUAUCUAAAUUAUACGAACUUAACAUACCAAUUUAUGUUGAGAAAAUAAGUCUUGAAUUGUGACGGUUGAUGUAGAAGAAAAAUGCUGGUAGCGAGAAAACACUGAGUGACCAUUGCUGUUCCAUGUUACGAAUAUAAAAUUUAAUGUGAGCUAAGCGUACAUGUGUGCCACAUAUUGCUAAUUUUCAGCAUGUCGCAAAUCUGUCAGUUGGCAAGAAUAUAAUUUAAUGAAUCUAGAUGAUAGUUUCCUAUAUCCGGCACGUAACCGACGCCGACGAGGCAGUACGGCUGAGCGGCAUGCCGGUGUGCCGGUACAUUUACAAUGGGAAUCCCGAGAUUGCGGCAGGCUGCAAAUCCGCUGUAUGCCGGCAGUAAGGCUAACGCUGUGCAACUACUAGUUACGAAUAUGUGUAUCGACAAUUAAAUGUAUGUAUUAGUUUAAUUGCGAUCCGCAUCCCCUCCCAUCCUCGUGUGAUACGAUAUGCUACGUGUUCAAAUGUUAUCGUUUGAUUAUCUCUAAGAAAUCGCCACUGAGCGAGAACUGUCAAUGCAUACAUUCGGCUAUACUAAAGAUCAAUUCCAAACAUAAACAGGACCUAUUAACGUAAUUAGUGUUAGAAGAAGAUACAAAGAAUUUUAUAGUUGUUUGUUGUAAAUGUCAGUUUUAAUUAAUCUAUUUUA